ACUAAGUGAUUGUUAUCUGACUUGACAGCAGCGAAAGCAAGUGGAGUUAAACCCAACUCUGUUAAGUCAACCAUUGUAAARUUCGAAAAGGAAUUAAUUUAUGCCUAUUCCAGCUAAAAAGAAGUGUUUCAAGUACCCUUGAUACGAAUGGAGAAGGUAAUCACAUUUUUAUAACUAAAUGAGUCUUAAUUCGAGCUUGAUUUAAGUGAACCAUUAUAUUGUUUUGGAAAUCACCGGUCACAAGGAUACUUGAUAAGAAAUCCAAAUAGAAAUUAUCUUUAAACAACUCUGAAAMUGGACGUGAUAUAUUUUAUCUUUGCAGCCUUCAACAACCCAUCGAUACUAAUUACACAACGUACGACUGCAGCUGCUCAAGUACACGAGGUUUGAACUGAAUCGCCUACUUCACUUCACGUCGACAAGCAAAGAAGAAGGGAUGAAAACGUCUACAAUAACUGAAGCGAGAUGAUGAACAAUACAACUUCUCAUUUUGAUCACAGGCAUUGGGAUUCUCAUUUGCUAUACCCAGCAGUUACCAUUUGGGGGCUUUUCUUUUUGCUUUCGAUUGUGGGAAAUACUUUCGUCUGCGUCCUCUCUUUUCGAAGAUGCCACAUACUUGGGAUAAAGACCUAUUAUUUCAUGAGCCUAGCCCUUGCCGACCUCRUCUUUACACUGGCAACUCUCUUCUACGUCCUAAACAUUGUUCUUCCAGAGAACAUCUACAGCAACUUUACGUGCAAAGUAUUUUACUAUACGAUCAAUACAAGCCAUGGCGCCUCGGUCUUCAACUUGCUUCUCCUGACCUAUAAUCGAUAUWACGCUGUAAUUUCUCCUUUAAAAGAAUUUUCAAACCGAACCAAGAAAAAAGGCGUCAGACGAAAGCUCCUAGUGACCUGGACYGCUGCCUUGAUUCCAUACAUACCACAUCUGUUUUUGUACAACAUCAACGAAACUCCUGGAAUUAAAAAUGGUAUAUAUUGCACCCAAGGAAGACCUAAUGUCUACAUUUCUUUAUACUAUGGYCUAUUGGUGUUCUUUAUGUAUCUGGCUCCCUUGUUUGUAAUAGUGCUUUCAUAUAGUAGAAUUUGCAUGCGUCUCUCGUCUGCUUCUCAACGUUUCGAGCGCGACUGCGUUGCCUACAGAAAUCGUCAAAAAGCCAUCAAAUUGUUAAUAAUCAUUGCGGGUCUGUUUUUUGUAUUUUGGACCCCUUUUAAUACCAUGUUGGUCAUCAUAUAUGUUCUGCAAAUUCAAUUUGAAUACCGUCCUUUAGCUUGGGCUUUGUCUACGUUGCUUGUUCUUGUAAAUGCAAGCAUCAAUCCAUGGUURUAUCUACUUGUCGGAAGAAAAUCGAAAAGACGAGCGUCGAUGAUCACCACUCCAAGAGCAAUGCUGCGACUUCAAGUUUUGUAA